GCUCUGACGGGAUAUGACGUCAGAGUGCUGCUAGCCAAGAUGGCGGCUGUUUAUCUGCAGCCUCCUCGGAACUUGCCCUUGUCCAACAUGGCCGUGGCAGUCCAAUUACUUCCGCCGGCAGCGACGUCCGUGUGCCCUCAGUGAAGAUGGCCGAGCGCAGCGCGGUGUGCCGGUGGAUGCAGUGAGGAUGUACCCCAAUGGCACACAGCACCAAGUUCCCAUGUACAGCUUGAAUAAUCAGCUCCAUACCUGGCUUCUCUUCAGAGCUCACAGCUUUGGCAAUACUUCCAAUAUGACACUUUGUCAGAGGCACUGAGAAUGUCUCUCAGAAACUUCUGAGAGUUUUUCAGUGUUUUUUCCACAUAAACGGGGUCAUAGGGCACUGCUGUUAUGUCUUGGGUACGAGUUGCAGUGAGCCAAUCCAAUGAAGAUAUAUUUGAUGAAGAUGCAGAUGAGAUGUAUCUACUGCAGAAGGAAUGGAACAGCACUAUGAAAAAGAGAUUGAAGGAAGGCUAUAGGGAUGGAAUUGAGGCUGGGAAAGAGCUUGCUCUCCAGACAGGCUUUAAUCAAGGUUACAGACACGGUGCCGAGCUGAUGAUUACAUGUGGCCAGUUCAAAGGAACCCUGAAUGCUCUCUUAUCCUGGUGUCGUUUUAAUGGACAUGAUUCUGCUUUAAGUACAAUAAAUAAUCUUCUUGAUGUGGUUGGAAAGCACGAAGAUGAUGUGCUUAAGUAUCUGAAUUCUACUGAAGAACAGCCACAUCUUGGACACAUUUUAGACUCAGUUCAGGACAUGGACCUUAAUCACACAGCUGGGACAGAGUACAAGGAAGUUAAAGAUGGAAAACACGAAGACUCUGGCAGCUCUGGUGAAAACAUUUGUAGGAAUAAUGGUGAGGUUGGUUCCUUGCAGUCUGAGUGCAGCAAGGAAAACCUCUGCACAGAUCCUGAAAACUCAACCCUUGCUUGGGUUAAAAAGCAGACUGUGUGGUUAGUAGAGCAACUGGGCUUAUCCCUGGAUGUACUCCAUCAUGUCCAGCAACUGGAAUAUUAGUUUUUCUGUCUCGUGGUACUUAAAACUAUCACAGGUGGUUUUGAUUCUUAGUUUGUGGGCCAUGUACAGGCUGAUGCAUUGCUUUUGUUUUAGGAAAAUCUGAUUUUGAUGCUUUACAGUAGAAGUUAUUUUUGUAAAUCUUCACCAUACUUUUGGCAAAUCCCUUCACUUUCAAUGUUGAAGGUAACAUUCACAGAAAGGGGCAGUGACUUUAAAGCUUUACAAAGUUACCAAACAUGUUUCUGUUUUGUAUCAGGAGCUCCCAUUUCACCCUCAUUUUUUUUCUUGACCGCAGUUUGGAAAUAAAGGAGGUCCAUUAAAUAGCCCCUCUAAAUUGGUCCCCUCCAAUAUCAAAAGAAUAAAUGCUCGGUGCUAUGGAAAUGGUCAGUGGUUUUGCAGAAUAAGCUGCUGUUGAUGGUACGCUGUAUGCAGAAUGAUCCACUGCUGUGACCUUUUGUCAGAAUUCUUUGUGUUAUCUUUUGUACCCAUGAUGCAAUGCACUUUCAUUGUUAAAAACUAUUUUCCGUCCUUAGGUAGCUAUAUUUGUCACGUUUGCUGAAAACACACUGUUUUCCUCAAAUGCAGAAUUGCUGACAAUUCCAUUGUUUUACUUUUAGACAUCUGUUCUUACCAUGUCAGCUUGCACUAAACAUGCUUCUAGUUGAACAAA